AUGACCGGUAUAGGAGAUAAAAAAACUUCUCAAGGACAAUUCUUGCAUUUGCGAAUGUUGAAAGUAAACUUUCGAAUGCAUUUUCACAAUUCAUCAGCGCCGAUUGAAAAACAUUUUAAACAAAAGAUUCAACCAUUCAACCUUUUAAAUCAAAUUGAAAGCCAUUCAAUCAGUUUGGUGAUUGCAAGUCCAACCAGCAACCUUGUUACAGGUUAUCGAAUAAUAAUUCAAAAUCAUAAAUUGCUGGAAGGCAUGAGCAUUAAAUUUUCAGAAAUUUCUUACAAAUGUUAUCAAGCACGAAUCUGA